AUAAUGUUGUUAUUUGUGGAGAUGUCAUCCCGUGCAUGAAUCUGCAGUGCCUUUAGGAGCGAGAUGCACUGAUGGACACAAGCAAGCAGCAGGACAAAGUAUAACAACUCCUCACUCCCCUUCCUCGCCUGCCCUACCACAUCAGAUGACUGAGUAGAUCUGACUCUACUGCCUGCAGGCACCUGUGAAGCAUCCUGUGGAAAUUUACGAUAACUGGCAAUAAUAGUACCACUACUACUAGUACUACUGCUAAUAAUAAUAAUAAAUAAUAUCCAGCACUCAGCGAAGCAACAUGGAAUGUAGCACCAGAUGACCCAUGGAAAGUGAGUCAGCAAUGGAAGAUCUGCAGGUGAACAGGAGAGACAUGAUGGGUGGUCAAGUGGAGGAUGCCCCAUUGUAGGAUGGUCAGAGGCAACCUGGACAAAACAGUGAAGAACCAAGAGCAGAACCAACAAGCUGGGACGCAGAACCUCAGUCAGCCUGCAGCAGAGGCCUUGGGACCCGAACAGAGCCAAGACAAGAAAAAGCCAGAGAACCAAGAGCCAAAGAAAAGGCAGCAAGAUUUUCUCCACCAGGACAAGCUGCUUAAUCAAGACAACCCAGAGCAGGAAGCAGAGUCAGGCUGCAACUGGGUAGUAGACCGAACAUUCCUUGAAAACUGGCCUACGCACCUGCGUCCUUUCCACAGCGAGGCAGAGUAUCAUUUGGUGUCACAAACUCACGCACAGCUCCAGCACAGCGGGUUCUACUGGGGACCAAUGACAAUGGAGACAGCACAUGAAAUCCUCUCACACACGCCGCAGGGCACCUUCCUCAUCCGGGACAGCGGCCAACCAGAUGUCUUCUUCACUCUGAGCUACCAAGGUGAGGACGGACCAACGAGUGUUCGGAUCCUGCUGAAUAAGCAGCUCUUCAGUCUGCAUGGCAGCCACAAGACUUUUGUCUCCCUGUUCGCCCUGCUGGCGUUUUACACUAGCUCCUCAUCCAAACUGGUGCUGCCCUAUCGCAGGCAGAGGCCUGAGCUGCUCAAGCAGAUGUGCAGGAGAGCCUUGAUACGUGCAUAUGGAGCAGAUAGUAUACACACUUUACCUGGACUUACUGUGCAAGUUAAAGAAUAUCUCUAUGCCUACCCCUAUUGUACAUAGACAUACACACAUAGAAGAACAUGCCCACAUGAAUGUACUGAACAUGAAGUGUGCUUGAAAUGAUUCAUA